UAACACACUAAUCCGAUGAGAAUUUUUCAAAAUUCACCUUGGAUUCUUCAAGGUAUCAAAUUUGCAUGCCUAAGGGAGUAGAUCUUCGUUGUCAGGGUGUUAGGCUCGUAUCCUGGAGCGUAGAUUUACGGCCUUCGCUCGCAACGUGUCAAUCAUUGACCGAUCCAUAGGAAUACUUUUCCCUCGAUGAUGUCCGAUGAAAAAAUUUGAAACGAAAGCCGAGAAAAGUUUCAUUCGUAAAGCAUUAUGAUUGCCGCGCCUGUAUAAUCGACGUGUCAUAGGUCAAGCCGAUGAGAUACCGUUUCGCAGACCACGACGUGCAGUUUACAGCGUGUUCUUCGACGAAACACCGACUAGUUCUCUGUUCUUCCAUCUGUCUUUCAAUCCUCCUAGAUUUCAUUAUAUAAUUUUCAUUAGAACAACACCCUUGUCCUGCUCGAGGGUCCAUAAGCUGAGCGACCAAUUUACAAAUGGCGCGGACAAAUGUAAAGAGACGGCAUUCCGAUUUGCCGUAUUUCGAAUCCGUAGCAAGAAUCUCCAACCUGCCUAUUGUUGAAAACAGUAUACACAUAGCUGGAAGCAUGUACGAUAGAAUAAAACGUUCAAAUUCCUUAAUGAGCUGGAGUUUAUGCACCGCUGAACAAUCACUGGCGAUCGCAACGGCAUCCGCCAAACCUGCUAUUUAUGCUUUGAAUGGACCCAUUACAACAAUUGAUCAUUUGCUUUGCAAAGGUAUCGAUAUUGUUGAACAGAGAGUACCAGCCAUACAUCUCCCUCCACAUCUUAUAUACUGCAAUGCACGAGAAUAUGUGAGCAAUAAAAUCGUUAGGCCUGUCUUGAUGCGCGCCGGAAGUGUGAAGCAGAUAGGAAGUCAAGCUGCAAAUGUUGCAGUAGAUACAUUAGACGGUGCUCUGACUGUUGCGGAUAAAUAUGUUGAUCGUUAUUUACCCGCUGAUCCUACUGACAAAGAAGAAAUUACUCCUUCUGAAUCAGUGAGCAGCACUACACGGACUAUUAAACAUGGCGCCAGACUUUCAAGAAAAUUGCAAAAACGACUAACACGUCGUACAUUGGCGGAAGCUCGAGCCCUUAAAGAACAGGGAACAGAAUGCAUUCAUGUACUUUUAUUUGUGGUAGAACUGUUAGCAACGGAUCCGAAACUAGCCUACAAAAUGGCGAAGGAACUGUGGGCAACGUUAAGUUUACCCGAACCUGAAAAUCAAGCUCGGCCAACCAAUCUGGAACAGUUAUUGGUUUUAUUGACGCGUGAAUCAGCACGCCGUAUCGUUCAUCUUGUUAAUGGAACAACAGCCUUAGCAGCAAGAACUCCACGUGAUGUUGGCAGAAUUCUCGUUAAACUUUCACACCAACUACUUGCGGUUGCAGAAGCUACUUUAAAGAUGCUGCCUAUCAUUGGUAAAAAUGAUGCAGCAAAACAAAUUUCAGUGAUACGCUCAGCUGUACAGAGGCUUAACUCCACUACAAAUCAUUUGUUGGAACAGUUUGCAGCUUUUCUGGCUGGUCGUCCAACGGUUUCCAAAGUAACGCACGUUCCAAGUCAUCAACAGAAUCACAACAACCAUAUGUCGAUGUCUUCUAACCCACCACGAAAUGGUAUCGAGUAACAUAAUCGUGUUUAUAUGUUAUUCUGUUCGAACAAAUUCGCAGUAGUUUCUGUUUCAAGGUCAGUAACAAUAAGAAAGACUACGGAUUGAAAUUUCCGAACAGGUUAGUAACGUCCAAUCCACCGCCAUAAUAGGAUUAAAAAAAAAAUAAUCAAAUAGACGAGGAUACUUUUGUUUUGUCAUUGGCACAAUAUAUCGAUGCCAAUGUUAGCUUUCAAUUCUUUACGUUAAGAUUUCUUUAUUCUUACACUCUAGCGUACAAAUGUAUACUAACUUGUAAAAGUAAGAAAGUGUACAAAAAAAAAUAAAGAUUAUUUGUUUUUGGAUUGUUAUCAUA